AUGGACGAAAACGAUAUAACCAGUUUAGACACUGAAUAUAAACGCUAUUUGCAAAUAUUAAAACCAUAUUUGAGACAACUUUUGGAUCAGGACAUAGUAGAUAUUUGUAGUUCAUGGAUUAAAAAGCUUUCAAAUUGUAAAGAAGAUGAAAAGGUACUGCGGAACAAAUAUAUAUUUACUCUUUGUUAUCAACUAGCUAAAGGUACGCUCGAGGAACCUUUUUUAAAAGAGCCUUCAAAGGGAUUAUUAGAUCCUCUUCUAGAUGAAGGUAAUAGCGAUGCCUCAUCAACGGAAGUAGAGUGUCUUGUUAUUGAAAGGAAUAAUACAAACACGAAAAUCCUUUAUGACAAUCCUAAAACUCCUCUUACUGCGCAAGACGACGAAGAUCAAUGUUACAGUGACGGUCGCACUAACUCUACCCACAAUAUAACAAAACACAGCGAAUGUUUCACUGAGAAAAUUGCUACAAAGAAGUUCUCAUCCAAAGAAGAAAAAGUAUUUUGCUGCUCAGACAUAUGUCAUAGUGAAGAAAGUGAAACGGUUAACGAUAGUAAAUAUACAUCCAGAGUGACGAAUCUAAUUAAAAAAUUGAGGCAAAUAAAAAAACAAAAUGUAUUACUCAAUAGCGAACUUAAUGCUUUGAGAGAGGAGGCAAAGACACGUGCUGAUGAUUCUUUAAAUAUGCUAAAAGUCAAUAAUGGCACUAGUACUAAUAUUUGUAUACAAAGUAGCACCGGUAACCUAAAUUGUCUCAAAAAUAAAUUACAAGAGGUUCAAGAGUCUAAAAACUCGCUGAUUGAAACUAUAUCUCAGCUACAAGAUACACUUGAAUUUUUUCAUAGUAUGAAAAAACAAGAGGUUCAAGAAAUUGAAGCUAAACAUAAAUUAGAAAUUUUAAAAUUAAAAGCUUCUAUUCGAGAAGAUAUAACGGCAAAAAAGGAAAAAGAGUUGGAAGAAUUAAAACAAAAAUACGAGGAAACCAUAAACAAACUACAAAAUAAUAAUACAAAAGAAAUGGAUAACAUUAAAUUAGUAACGGAUAGUAAAAUUGCAGAAAAAGAUAAACUUAUACAAUGUAAGGAUGUCGAAAUAACCCAAUUGAAAUGCCAAAUCGACGAAAUUAAGCGUAACCAAAUGAAUGCAAUAAACAAAAUACUAUUCGAAAAACCAGACAUUUCUAAAAGCUCAUCGAAAACCGAGGAAUUAGAGAAAAGAUUAAACAAAAUGGAAAGAGCGAGAUUUCGAAACGCAAGAGCCUACGAGGCUAAGCUGGCACAGCUCCAGAGACAGAAACAUUUAGCUGAAUGUUCUUUACAGCUUCAACUGAUAAAACAGCGGACGCAAGUUAUAAAUGAGGUAGUGGAUGAAAACCAAGCAGAGCUAACUACUGCGCUAGAUAAACUGGAAGGUAAGUAUAAAGAAAUCGUGGCCUCGGUACAAACGACGGCAGUGCAAAGAAGACUACAAGAUCAAAUAGCAUUGGAAACUAUAAUUCAAGCGAUUUGCGGUACACGCGACAAGUAUACAAAUUUACAAGCAGGCAAAACUAUGCGAACGAACAAGGAUGGAAAUCAAUCGCAAGAUUUGGAAUUAUCGACUUUAUUCCACGGGAAUAAGGUGGGGAACGUAGUCGCUGGCAAACCGUUCGCAGAUGACAGCAUGGUUAACGAGUACUGCCUAGAUAGUGAGAAACUUGGUGAACUAUUUGAGAGGGUACACAUUCCACAGAGGGACACUGGCGAUAGUUUAUCAAAGAAGUAA